AGUAUUUUGAGAAUUCUAAUCAAUGUACACAUAUUGGUAAAUAAGAUCAAAUGAUAUCAGAAGUAUAAAAGAAAAUGUUUGGGAAAUAUCAUCAGAAACAUCUUCAAAUAUGAUUUUCAUUUUCUUCUUAUUGUGUAGUAUAUUCAUCGGUCUGGGUACCAGUGAUAGAAACGUAAGAAAUGUUUCAAUUUUGCCCGGAAAAGAAUUGACGAAAAAGUAUGAUGACAAAUCAAAUAUAACACUGAAAAAUCUUAUCACUGAGACUAAAAAGCUGAAAAGGUAUAAAUACCCAAUAACAUCAGAACUACCUACAACCAGAAGUUGGUAUACUACAACAUAUAGGCCAUCUACAACGAGAGAUUGGUUUACUACAACAUAUAGGCCAUCUACAACCAGAAGUUGGUAUACUACAACAUAUGGGCCAUCUACAACUAGAGAUUGGUUUACUACAACAUAUAGGCCAUCUACAACCAGAAGUUGGUAUACUACAACAUAUACGCCAUAUACAACUAAAGAUUGGUCUACUACAACAUAUGAGCCAUUUACAACUGGUAGUUGGUUUAAUACUACAACGACUUACCCCACUACUGAAACUCAAAAUACUACUUGGACCGAUAGAACAACAAAUACUACUUCCCGAACAACAACGUGGACACCUGGUAAUGAUACUACUUCAAGUACACCGAGUAGUUCUACUCCCUGGCAGCGUAUAGUCAAUUUUAUCUAUAACAUCUCGAACUCCAGUGUAAUUAUCAACAACUACAAUUGAAAUCGAAUUCAUGGACUGUGAACUAAGUAUUGAAAUGGAAAUUUUUUAAAAAGUGCGUAAUCAACACAUUAAAACUUUAUUACUUACAUUGUAUUAUUAUGUAAAACUUUCAUUCUGUUCUGUAUAUGGUGAAUUUCGUUUUUUGAGAAAUAAAUCUACAGAUACCAUAAUUGCGAUUACUUCAAUCUGUUGAACAUAUGGCAUUUUUAAGUUCUUUUUGAUGAUUUCCAUCGAGAGUGGUAAUCUUAUCGAACAAAUAGAAAUCAAUAAAUCGAUAUUAUGGGUCAUUUUUCCUUUAUCAGCCUAUUGAAAUUGAAUUAGUUCUGCCGAAUUGACUAAUAAACAGUAUUCAUAGGUCCUAGUUUAUGUACACAUAUAUUUGGAGAAUUAUAUUGAAAGAUAUGAAAAAUAUAAAAGAGUUUGAUUAUGCAUGGAGGAAAGUUUCAGUAGAAAUCUUCAGGAAUAGGAUUUUGGUUAUCCUUUUUAUAUCUGCCAGCAUCUUCAUUGGUCUAGGUCGAGCUGAAGAUGAUUUGCAGUUCUCCACAGAUACACAUAUACAAGAUGUUUCGAAUUCAUUCAAAAACGAACUGAAACGUCAUAAAGGGUCAAAUGAUAUAACCCAUGAAAAUGGUCGUGAUGAGGACAGAAAGCUGAAAUGGGCUGAAUAUCAUGACUAUAAUGACCUACCACCUGAAGAAGAACAAUUUCCUAGAACAAGAACUGAGUCACCAGGUAGGGAUGAAUAUAAUACAGGACCAGAACUACCACCUGAAGAAGAACCAUUUCCUAGUACAACAACUGAGUCACCAACUAUACCGCCCACGUCUUUUCCUAGUACAACAACUGAGUCACCAAGUAUUCCGCCCACGUCUUUUCCUAGUGCAACAACUGAGUCAUCAAGUAUACCGCUCACGUCUUUUCCUAGUACAACAACUGAGUCACCAAGUAUACCGCCCACGUCUUUUCCUAGUAUAACAACUGAGUCACCAAGUAUACCGCCCACGUCUUUUCCUAGUAUAACAACUGAGUCACCAAGUAUACCGCCCACGUCUUUUCCUAGUAUAACAACUGAGUCACCAAGUAUACCGCCCACGUCUUUUCCUAGUACAACAACUGAGUCACCAAGUAUACCGCCCACGUCUUUUCCUAGUAUAACAACUGAGUCACCAAGUAUACCGCCCACGUUUUUUCCUGGUACAACAACUGAGUCACCAAGUAUACCGCCCACGUCUUUUCCUAGUACAACAACUGAGUCUCCAAAUAUACCGCCCACGUCUUUUCCUAGUACAACAACUGAGUCACCAACUAUACCGCCCACGUCUUUUUCUAGUACAACAACUGAGUCACCGAGUAUACCGCCCACGUCUUUUCCUAGUACAACAACUGAGUCACCAAGUAUACCGCCCACGUCUUUUCCUAGUACAACAACUGAGUCUCCAAAUAUACCGCCCACGUCUUUUCCUGGUACAACAACUGAGUCACCAAGUAUUCCGCCCACGUCUUUUCCUAGUGCAACAACUGAGUCAUCAAGUAUACCGCUCACGUCUUUUCCUAGUACAACAACUGAGUCACCAAGUAUACCGCCCACGUCUUUUCCUAGUAUAACAACUGAGUCACCAAGUAUACCGCCCACGUCUUUUCCUAGUAUAACAACUGAGUCACCAAGUAUACCGCCCACGUCUUUUCCUAGUAUAACAACUGAGUCACCAAGUAUACCGCCCACGUCUUUUCCUAGUACAACAACUGAGUCACCAAGUAUACCGCCCACGUUUUUUCCUGGUACAACAACUGAGUCACCAAGUAUACCGCCCACGUCUUUUCCUAGUACAACAACUGAGUCACCAAGUAUACCGCCCACGUCUUUUCCUAGUACAACAACUGAGUCACCAAGUAUACCGCCCACGUCUUUUCCUAGUACAACAACUGAGUCACCAAGUAUACCGCCCACCUCUUUUCCUAGUACAACAACUGAGUCACCAAGUAUACCGCCCACGUCUUUUCCUAGUACAACAACUGAGUCACCAAGUAUACCGCCCACGUUUUUUCCUGGUACAACAACUGAGUCACCAAGUAUACCGCCCACGUCUUUUCCUGGUACAACAACUGAGUCACCAAGUAUACCGCCCUGGUCUUUUCCUAGUACAACAACUGAGUCACCAAGUGUAUCGCCCACGUCUUUUCCUAGUACAACAACUGAGUCACCAAGUAUACCGCCCCGGUCUUUUCCUAGUACAACAACUGAGUCACCAAGUAUUACGCCCCAGUCGUCCGCGUUGAAACGUAUAGUCAAUUUGUUUUAUCAUAUCCCAAACUCCGAUGUAAUCAUCCACAACUACAAUAAUUGAACUUAAAAAAUUGGACUUGUAUAAUAUACUAAAAUAAAAAUUGAAAAACAUGAA